CAACAGCAUCAAUUGCAACAACAACAACACUAUGCCUCAUUGCAUGCCCAUCAUCCGCAUGCAACCAUGGCUGCCAUGGCAAGUGCAGCAUCUCCAGCUGCAGCAUAUGCUGCCCAUUUUGCUGCCGGUAAUCCUGCAGGAACAACACUGUGGACUGGUGCAGAUGCUCUCACAUCACAGUAUGCCCCAACGCUUAAUCCACUGACCAAUGGUGCCUAUGCUGCCGCGACCGCACCACUUGCGGCUACAGCACUGCAGGCAGCCGCUGCUGGUGUGGCUGGAAAACAAAUUGAAGGUCCCGACGGCAGUAAUCUCUUUAUUUACCAUCUACCUCAGGAAUUUAAUGAUACCGAUCUCGCUUCAACAUUUCUGCCAUUCGGUAAUGUCCUAUCGGCCAAAGUGUUUAUUGACAAACAGACAAAUCUAUCCAAAUGUUUCGGUUUCGUUUCGUACGACAAUCCCCAUUCGGCUGGAGCAGCCAUCCAAGCGAUGCACGGAUUUCAGAUUGGCACCAAACGGCUCAAGGUGCAACUAAAACGUUCCAAAGAUGCGGCAAAGCCUUAUUAGACUUAAUGAGAAUGUGUAUGUGUGUGAGAAAGAGAGAGAGAGUGUGUGAGAGCGCGGUUAAGAAAUUAGGAGAAACACAAAAACAAAACAAAAAAACUGAAAAUGUAGUUAAUUUUGUAAUUUAACUAAGACAAGAAAAACACAGAAAAA